AUGAUGCGCCCGCGUGACCCCCGUAUCCGACAACGGAUCAACCAGAUCUCGCAUAAUCUGGAAUCGGCCAACGAAAGCGCCCAGGAAGGCCUGUACACGUUCUCGCACCACUAUAUUUCUCCCUGCUUUGCGGCAAUUGGCAAUUGUGUCCAUUCCUGCACAGCACCAUGUCUCCCUUCUCGGGAAGACCACUUGCGACGUCGGCGACGUGGCCGUGCCGAAGCUAACUUUGACUUCUACGACGACUGGGACAACGAAGAAGGCGACGAGAGCCUGCUGGGAUGGGGAACUGGAGAGCUAGAUCGUCUUCUAGCGGGCAGUGGUUUGGCACGCACUCACGCCGAGCAGCCGCGCCGACCGAGGAAGAUGAGCUACGGGACACGUAACACGAGGAGAAGGAGUGCCGUGCACAUUCCAGACAACCGCACCGAUCCGACCGUGAUUCCGAGCUCGUCAUUUCUCGGCUUUCUCGAGCGCUUUCCGUGGAGACUCGGCGCGCGAGGGAUAAAAUAUCGGCCCUCUGCGGCUGAUCUGCAAGAACACCCGGGAGGCUCACGUCGGUAUGCGCAAGAGGAUGAACCGUUGAUGGAGACAACCGAUGAAGACGACGGUCGAGUCUCGUAUAGUCCCAACGGGCGGAAUCGCAGUACGACACAAUCUUCAGAGGGGACAACGAACUCUUUGAGCUCCCGCGGAGAUUUAUUACCCAGCGAUGAGGAGGAAGAUGCAGUGCCCCUCGAUGAUGAGUUUGCGCUGACGUUUGGGCGUCGAGGCACGGGCUUGGAGUCGGAUGACCAAUCUGGAACAAAACCGGAAUUGGCGAAAUCGGCCUCCGCUUCCUCUAGUUUGGGCGGUGCCUCGUCUAAAAAGACAAAGCGAAAGAAGAAGCGUUCAUCAACCAAGUCUGCUACUACCCCUGAUGCCGUGCAUACUCCCUCAAUGGCCGACUUGAAGCUCGAAGAAGAGCUGGCUGCUCGACAGGAGGAGUUGGAGAUUGAGAGGAAACGAGUCGCCGCGCACGAGUUGGCUUUGAGCCGCGGUCUGGAAACGGAUGAUGUUGUCGAUAAGUCUGAUACGCUCUCCCAUCUUCCCCCGCCAUCAACAGAGUCUACCAAACAAAGCACUUUGCCAGCAGACCAUGAUCAGCUGCCCGGGGUCUCUACAAGGCGGUCGAGCAAGUCUUCAAACAAACAGCCAUCUGGUGAUCAAACUGAGCCUUUCCCGCCCCUCCCCGUAUCUCCCACAUUCAUCUCACCAGGCUCUCCCGGCAUCAGUGCCUCUCCUCGGCCCAGCUCUGGUCAUGCCCCGGGUGAUGUAUCAGGUUCUCAUCAUCGACCCGGGCAUGGCGCGAGCGAUGCACAACCAUGA